AUGUCUGCAACUGCAGCAACCAACCAGCAAGAGCUGGAGAAGGACGUGGGCCCCUCUCACUCUCCCCAGAAUGCUCUGGGGAACGGCGGCGUGCCAAUGCAACCCCAGAUGUCCGCCGAAGAGCACCAGGUAGCACGCGCCGCCGCGCGCUUCGGCUACGGACCUCUCGCCCACGUCAACCAGAAUGAGGCAUCCCUACCUCCUUUCGGUGGUGAAUUCCAGCCCGGUCUGUACAAGUCCGUCGAGGGCCGCAAGUUCGCCAAUCCGGCUCCCCUCGGCCUGUGUGCUUUCGCCCUCACCACUUUCGUCCUGAGCGCCAUCAACAUGGGUACCCUGGAUAUCGGCAGCCCCAAUAUUGUUGUCGGCCUCGCUUUUGGCUACGGUGGUCUCGUCCAGCUGCUUUCCGGCAUGUGGGAAAUGGCUGUUGGUAACACUUUUGGUGCUACUGCUCUCUCCUCCUACGGUGGUUUCUGGAUCGCGUUCGCUAUGGUUUUGACCCCUGGUGGGUUCGAGAUCGAGGCUGCGCUCGGCGGAGGAGGCCCGAAAUUCUAUGACUCCAUGGGUCUUUUCCUGAUGGGUUGGUUCAUCUUCACCACCAUCAUGCUGUUCUGCACCCUCAAGUCUACCGUCGCUUUCUUCCUGCUGUUCUUCACACUGGACCUGACCUUCCUCCUCCUUGGUAUCUGCUACCUGCACCGCGGUGAUGAUGGCAAGCCCAACGUCCCCAUCCAGAAAGCCGGUGGAUUCUUUGGUUUCCUGGCCGCUUUCUCUGCUUGGUACAAUGCCCUCGCUGGUAUUGCCGACACUAGCAACAGCUUCUUCAUCAUUCCCGUCGCCCACUUCCCUUGGUCCCCCACUGGUCGUGUUCGCCGUGGCAAGACUGAACGUGAGCUUGCAUAA